CUUUGCUGCUUCUCCUGCUCGUUUAUUGUCUGUUAGCAUAGCUCGCUAGUUAGCUUAGCUUGUUAGCUGCUAACAGAAGUUAUCAACACAUCGCUAAGUAGAGAUCAAGUGUGAGAGUAAAGUGUUGUGAUUGUGUGAAAAUGUCUACAUUACACAUGUUGAGAGCGUUGGUGGAUCAGCGACUAACUGCUGCCGUCGAGGAAAUAUUUGUAGUGUUAGAAAGAACGAUAGCAGAAUACAAGGCGGAACUUUCUAGAACAAAAGAAGAGAAUAAUCAACUACUGGACGCUGUUUUCAAGAAACAUCAAGUUGUGUUACACAGAACAGACGUCGAUGACGAGCAGGAGGAAGAACCACCACCCUUCUGCAUAAACAAUGAAGAGGAGGUACCACAGCCCCAAUAUAUUAAAGAUGAAGAGGAGGAACACAGCAUCAGUCAGGAGGGAGAGGACAUUGAAGGACUGGUGGAGUUCCCAGUGACUGGUGUCCCUGUGACGAGUAAAGAAAAUGAGGUCAAAAGUGAAAGUGAUGAGAAGAGAGGGGCGGAGCCUCCAAGCAGCAGCUCAACACAACACAUGACAACAGAAGCUGAUGGAGACCACUGUGGAGGAUCACAAGCUGUCCAUGUUUUAGCUCCACUAUCAGAUAGUGAGGACACAACGUCACACUCUCCUGACACAGAUGAUGAAGAUGAUAAGACGUGGGACCCUGACAACGCUCACUUCAAAUGUUCUCACUGUGACAAAAGUUUUGGCCUCAAAAAGACUCUUAAUAGACACAUGAAAAAUCACACCGGAGAGAAACCACUUCCGUGCUCGACGUGUAAUCAAGUAUUCAGCAUAAAAGCAGACCUGAUAAAACACGCGAGAACACACACUCAAGAGAAACCUUUUUCUUGUUCAGUGUGCGGCGAAUCUUUCACAGGGAGUGAAAGUUUGAAAAGACACACGAGAAGACACCCUGGAGUGAAACUAUGUUUCUGUUCGGUGUGCGGGAAAGGUUUUGUUAAAAAGGACAGUUUGAAUAAGCACAUGUCAAUACACACGGGAGAAAAACCCUUUCCCUGCGCAACCUGUGGCGCAUGUUUUUCAAGGAAGGACCGUUUGAGAGAGCACACGAGAAGGCACACCGGAGAAAAACCUUUUCCCUGCUCAACCUGCGGUUUGUGUUUUUUCAGGAGGGACCGAUUGACAGAGCACACAAGAACGCACACCGGAGAAAAACCUUUUUCCUGUUCUGUGUGUAACUCAAAUUUUGGCCGAGGUGAUUAUUUGAAAAACCACAUGAGGAUGCACACCGGAGAAAAACCCUUCUGCUGUACAACCUGUGGUUUACGUUUCACGAGGAAGAGCAGUUUGAAUUAUCACACGAGAAUACACACCGGGGGGAAAGUGCUGAGUUGCAGUGUGUGUGAUCAAAGAUUCUCUCAUGAGGACCAACUCAACAAACACAAGUGUGUCGGUGAGAACAGCAGCAGUAAAAUAGAAACGCGCUCCGCAGACCCCCACCAGGAUCCGGAUGUUGAUCAGGACCAACACCGAAAUGUAAUCACUUGCUCCUUAUCCCAUUUCUGACAUGUCCUGAAAGUUUCAUUAACAUCCAACCAGACUUUUGUUAUGAUGCAAACUACCUGCCUGACUGUCAAACAAAGUUACUUUUAGUUACUUUUCAAUUACUUCAAUGGCAAACAUGUUUCUUAGUUACACAUCCUGGAAAACAACAUCCACACAACAGUUUAUAUUUUUUAGAGGUUCUGCCUUCAAAAGCCUGCACAACCUGCUACUCCGGGCCGGAACGUAGUCUUCUGUUCGAGUGCACUACCCCUUCGUUCCCGAGUUUCGAGCUGUGCGCCUCGUCUCACCCCGCGUUUCCUCUGCUUCCCUGACUGCCUCUCGGAUCUGGACCUCCCGCUUGGACACGGACCUUCUUCGCCUCGCUAUAGCGCCCCCGCUCACGGACCUCCGAGCUCUGCCUUGUCCCUCCUGAUCUUCCGCCUCUCGCUCAACACCACCGGUCACACUCAACAGCUAAUCUCCACACAUAGUCACACUUUGGAUCUAGUCACACUCCAUUCUCUCGUUUUAUUUAGAUUAUUGCUUGUUGUUAUAAACGUAUAUAGUGUGUAUGUAUAUACAAUACAUCAUAGAGUUAAAUACCGCACCCCCUUGUGGUCUGUGCCGUCUACUCCCCCCGUACACAACACUUUUGUACGAUAGACAUUUUUGUUUGUACUAGCAAUUUUGUAUCCUUUGCAUGUGACCUUGUAGAAUAAGAUAUCUGUUUUUCAUGAAUAAUGCUCUGAAUCUUUGAGACGGUCAACAAAAAACAAGUCUAUUUUUUUAAUUGGUCAAUUGAUUGGCAAUCAGGGCACACCCGUUCCAAGUUGCCAGUCAGGCUUCUUUUUAUGCCUUUUGUCAGUGCUGGAUCAUUGCUUGCCCUUGCUUAAGUGAUCGUCGUUUCGCCUGUGCUUGUAAUGGCAAGGUUCCCGUGCACUUCCCAGCUGCACUAUUUCUACCUUGUUUUUGAGUAUUGACUUUAUUGACGCAAAGUAAAGCGAACCACCGAACGUAACAAUAACAAUGUACAAUAUUAACCUUGGAGACUGGACUUCUACGGUAUCUCCCUCCAGCUGCUUCUUUGUCAAACACACCAUCAGCAGCUUGUACAUACUUUCAUGGAUACGUGUUUGCCUUUUAGACGUUGUUUUGACAUUAUCUGCUGUAACAGGACAAGAAUACUUGUAAUGUUGUGUUCGUAAGUUUUGAGUAAGAUGAUAAAAGUGAUAUUAGACAAUCAGACACUAUGUUAUUAUGCUAAUAGGCCAUGUUAUUCUUAAAUGAUCUAUUAAAUUAAUUUCAUGGCAAGCAUAUAUACAUACAUAUGUGUACAUAUAUAUGUAUAUUUAUAAACAAUAAGUAUCACUGUUGGCGUUAACGCAUUUUUUUAUGUAUUUUUACGAAUUGAAAUAAAAAAGGAUUCGCAUUUCCGCAUUUUUUUUUAAACCGACCCUGCCUUCUCAGUGUCAAAACUUUUUUUUAACCCAUAAUUCGCUUUCAUAUUGUUUAUAUUUGCCGGUGUCGUGCAAAAUUCUGUAUCGCCUGCCGCGGGAGAGCGCGUUUGGGUGGAGUUCUGUUCCGGGCGGUAUAGCUCGGUCGGUAAGAGUGGCCGUGCCAGCAACUUGAAGGGUUCCAGGUUCGAUUCCCGCUUUUGGCCAACCUAGUCAACUGCCGUCGUGUCCUUGGGCAAGACACUUUACCCGCCUGCUCCCAGUGCCACCCACACUGCUUUAAAUGUAACUUAGAUAUUGGCGCUUUGAGUCACUAGAGAAAAGCGCUAUAUAAAUAUAAUUCACUUCACUUGACUUCCUUGUUCAGACAGUGGCGGCACUUCCGUCUUAUUAGCGAUAUGUGAAUGAUACAAAAUGUGGAUUCUUACGCUCAUGCUUUGAUUGUUAAAAAUGUUGUUGGUGUAACAUGUGACAUUCCUACCCCAAUAAAUGAUGUACAUGA